AUGUCUCCUUCACCAAACUAUGAAUUUCAAGAAUGGUGGAACAAGCAAAGAGCAAGCGACCACAACGACCUGUUAUCUUCAUCAGAAACUUCCAGUUUUCUGACGGUUGAUAUACACAGCCCCUCCACGGAGGCGGCGAAGGACCGGUCACGCAGUGCCCGCCAGCUUUCAUGGAUUUACCUCCUUAAGGUCCAUAAAAUCGCGCAUUUCUUGGCGUUUAUAACCAAUGGGUUUAUUACCCUUAUUCGCACCGCGAAGCGCCGUGUCUCAUCGAGGUCCUCCGGUUCUCACCGGUCUGAAUCGAGGUUUUAUCAGAUCAUCAAGUUUUUCUUGUUGAUUAGUGUUCUUCUGUUGAUUUUUGAGCUCAUUGCGUACUUUAAAGGCUGGCAUUUUAGUCCUCCGACUCUGGAAUCGGAGGUCGAGGACUUAGUAGAGUAUAUCUAUGCCAAAUGGUUAAUAAUAAGGGCGAAUUACUUGGCGCCCCCAUUGCAGAGCUUGACAAAUGCGUGCAUCGUGUUAUUCAUGAUACAAUCGGUGGAUCGGUUGGUUUUGGUGCUGGGUUGUUUUUAUAUCAAGUUCAGAGGAUUGAAACCCGAGGCAGAGAUGGAUUACACAGAAGAUGUCGAGAAUGUGGGUAUGAAUGUCGAGGAUUAUCCGAUGGUGAUGCUGCAAAUACCCAUGUGCAAUGAGAGGGAGGUAUAUCAACAGUCUAUUGCGGCAGUAUGCAUUCAGGAUUGGCCUAGGGAGAGAAUGCUUGUUCAAAUACUGGAUGAUUCUGAUGAUACAGAUGUUCAAGCCAUUAUCAAGGCAGAAGUGCAUAAAUGGCAACAGAAGGGUGUGCACAUCAUAUAUAGACACCGUCUUAUUCGCACAGGCUACAAGGCAGGAAAUCUUAAGUCUGCAAUGAAUUGUGAUUAUGUCAAAGAUUAUGAGUUUGUAGCAAUAUUUGAUGCAGAUUUCCAGCCUGCACCAGAUUUUCUAAAGAAAACUAUUCCUUAUUUUAAGGGUAAAGAUGAUCUUGCCCUGGUGCAAACCAGGUGGAGUUUUGUCAAUAAGGACGAGAAUUUGCUGACAAGGUUGCAGAACAUUAAUCUGGCUUUCCAUUUUGAGGUUGAGCAACAAGUCAAUGGGUGGUUCAUUAACUUCUUUGGUUUUAAUGGAACUGCUGGAGUGUGGAGAAUCAAAGCCCUGGAGGACUGCGGUGGCUGGUUGGAGCGAACAACAGUUGAAGACAUGGAUAUUGCUGUUCGUGCUCACCUUUGUGGUUGGAAGUUUAUUUAUCUGAAUGACGUCAAGUGUUUAUGUGAACUACCUGAGUCUUAUGAAGCAUACAAAAAGCAGCAACACCGCUGGCACUCAGGACCCAUGCAGUUGUUCCGCGUGUGCUUUAUUGACAUACUGCACUCGAAGGUGGGCUGGGUGAAGAAAGCAAAUCUGAUAUUUCUCUUCUUCCUCCUGCGGAAGCUUAUACUACCAUUUUACUCAUUUACUCUCUUCUGCAUUAUUCUUCCUUUGACCAUGUUCCUGCCAGAAGCUCAGCUGCCUUUCUGGGUUGUUUGUUAUAUCCCGGGACUUGUCUCUAUACUGAACAUCCUUCCAUCUCCUCAGUCGUUUCCAUUUAUUGUGCCUUAUCUUCUUUUUGAGAACACCAUGUCUGUGACCAAGUUCAAUGCCAUGGUAUCAGGGCUCUUCCAGUUCGGAAGUUCUUAUGAGUGGAUCGUCACCAAGAAAUUGGGUAGAUCUUCAGAAGCAGAUUUAGUUGCCAUGGUGGAAAAUGAAACGGCGCCUUUGGUGGAGAGUGGUGGGGUUCACAAGUCGUCCUCAGAAUCAGGGAAUCCACUUCUAUUUCCUCCUGUUUCAAGAAAAGUUAUCGAUAUCUUGAAAUUCUAUAGCGGCAGUUUUGAUGAAGAGGUUGCAACUCAUGAUUUUCAAGAUUUGCUGGAGGAUAGGACGUCAGUGUUCGAUGAGGAGGCCUAG